GGCUUUGUCUCGUGGGCUGGUCCCCGGCGGCUUCCUCCCCCAACAGCUGCCGCCGACGGAGGACGCGGCGCGGGAGCUGUCCGGCGUCCCGGUGCUGAAACCCCGACCCCUCGUCAUCCACCACUACCAUGUAAGGCCAUGAAAAGGGCUCGUCGUGGCGCAGCGCGGACAUGGAGGAGGACUUAUUCCAGCUCAGGCAGCUGCCGGUGGUGAAGUUCCGUCGCACAGGGGAGAGUGCAAGGUCAGAGGACGACACGGCUUCAGGAGAGCAUGAGGUCCAGAUCGAAGGGGUCCGAGUGGGCCUAGAAGCCGUUGAGCUGGACGAUGGAGCAGCUGUGCCCAAGGAGUUUGCCAACCCCACUGAUGAUACUUUCAUGGUGGAAGAUGCGGUGGAAGCCAUUGGGUUUGGAAAGUUUCAGUGGAAGCUGUCUGUUCUCACUGGCUUGGCUUGGAUGGCUGACGCCAUGGAGAUGAUGAUCCUGAGCAUCCUCGCCCCGCAGCUGCACUGUGAGUGGCAGCUGCCCAGCUGGCAGGUGGCCCUGCUGACCUCGGUGGUCUUUGUAGGCAUGAUGUCCAGCUCCACACUAUGGGGGAACAUCUCCGACCAGUACGGCAGGAAAACGGGGCUGAAGAUCAGCGUGCUCUGGACUCUCUACUACGGCAUCCUCAGUGCUUUUGCACCUGUGUAUAGCUGGAUCCUGGUGCUCCGAGGCCUGGUGGGCUUUGGGAUUGGAGGGGUCCCCCAGUCGGUGACGCUGUACGCCGAGUUCCUUCCCAUGAAAGCCAGAGCCAAAUGUAUUUUGCUGAUUGAGGUCUUCUGGGCCAUCGGGACAGUGUUCGAGGUCAUCCUGGCCGUGUUCGUGAUGCCCAGCCUGGGCUGGCGCUGGCUGCUCAUCCUCUCGGCUGUCCCGCUCCUCCUCUUCGCUGUGCUGUGUUUCUGGCUGCCAGAGAGUGCGAGAUACGAUGUGCUGUCCGGGAACCAGGAAAAGGCAAUUGCCACCUUGAAAAGAAUAGCGACAGAGAAUGGAGCGCCCAUGCCCCUCGGGAAGCUCAUCAUCUCCAGACAGGAAGACCGAGGCAAAAUGAGGGACCUUUUCACACCCCAUUUCAGAUGGACAACGCUGCUGCUAUGGUUUAUAUGGUUUUCCAAUGCGUUUUCUUACUAUGGGCUAGUUCUUCUCACCACCGAGCUCUUCCAGGCAGGAGAUGUCUGCAGCAUCUCCAGUCGGAAGAAGGCAGUAGAAGCGAAGUGCAGCCUGGCCUGUGAGUACCUGAGUGAGGAGGAUUACAUGGACCUACUGUGGACCACCCUCUCUGAGUUUCCAGGUGUCCUUGUGACUCUGUGGAUCAUUGACCGCCUGGGCCGCAAGAAGACCAUGGCCCUGUGCUUCAUCAUCUUCUCCUUCUGCAGUCUCCUACUGUUCAUCUGUGUUGGAAGAAAUGUGCUCACUCUGUUACUCUUCAUUGCAAGAGCGUUUAUUUCUGGAGGCUUCCAAGCGGCCUAUGUUUACACACCUGAGGUCUACCCCACUGCGACGCGGGCGCUGGGCCUGGGCACCUGUAGUGGCAUGGCAAGAGUGGGGGCUCUCAUCACUCCGUUCAUCGCUCAGGUGAUGUUGGAAUCGUCUGUGUACCUGACCCUGGCGGUUUACAGCGGCUGCUGCCUCCUGGCUGCUCUGGCCUCCUGCUUUUUGCCCAUCGAGACCAAAGGCCGAGGACUACAGGAGUCCAGUCAUCGGGAGUGGGGCCAGGAGAUGGUUGGCCGAGGGGCUCAUGGUGCCGGCGUCGCCAGGUCGAACUCUGGCUCUCAGGAAUAGUGACUGCUGGAGGGCUGAGCUGGUCUUGAAGGCUGGGAGCCUGGGGAGAUGGUGGAGCCCAGUUGAGCCACUCGUGGGUCACUGCCAACGUCAAGAACUCACUCAAGGAUGACCUGGACCAACAGGGCUUUGUGUCGUGACUGUUUGCCCAUAUUCAUUGAGGUCCACCGGGGUGGGGAGGCAUUUGCUCUGGGUUUCUGUGUGUCGGGGGUAAGUUUACUAACAACCUGAGGGUCUGCAUGAUGGAAAAACUGCCACCAUGGGAGGGGUGGGGAUGCAGGCUGUCAAACAGCUGCUGUUUAGAGUCACCUGGUCACUCUCUCAGUGAACAACCACUGAAGAAAGAAAAUCUCUGUAGAUACAGUCCAGGCCUUGCACAGACCAGACCUGUUCAGUAAGUAGCUCCUGCACUCUGGGCCUCAGGCUUUCUUCUUUGAAAUAACAGGUGACUAGGUAUAUGGCCUGAGUUCCCAGUUCCCUCAGCAGGGCCUUCUGAUUGGCUCCCCAGAGCCUGCCUGGCAGUGGGAAAGACAUGCAUUUGAACUUCAGCCUCACACGCGCCCACCUUGCCCUCUCUGGAGUUGCUGCCUCUGGCUGCAGAGGAUCCAGCUGUGUCCCUGAGGAGAACUAGGAGAGCUGUUACCCCACUCAUGACCUGGAAAUUGGGGACUGAAGCCCAAAGGAAGGGAAAGCGCAGCAGGAGCCUCUCCUUCUGAAGCCAGGACGUC